AUGUCCACCCAAGACAGCGACGCAGAGAGCUCCAUCUCCAGCCAAACAAGAACAAAAACCCCCAAACACACCUUCCCCCUCGCCCACCCCCCUCCCAAAUCCACCCCCUGCCUCCGCCUCUCCCCGCGCCUCCUCCUCCAAAUCCAACAACUCUCAAUAACCUCAAACCGACACCGGGCCCUCCCCAUCUUGGAAAUCUACCAACCCCCACGACAAGGGAAAUCCCUGCCCAACUGUCCGCGCAAGAUCCACGGCCGGGAUCUCUACAUCCUGCAGAGCGACGCUUACACCGACAUCACCUCAACACCAAAACCACCAUCAUCAGAACCUACUAGUAGUACUGCCUACCCCAUCGCCGCAGGCGUAAUCUACAACAACCACAACCACAACACAAACCCCAACCCCAAGAAACCCACCACCACCACGACCCCACCAACAACAAAUACUACUACCACAACAGAAGAAGACGAAAUCUACCUCCCAACCACACACCAAACCUACUCCGCAACGCGCACCCCACGAGGCAACUACCGCUUCAUCCUACGCGAGAAGAAAACCCCCUCGGGCGAAACCGUCAUCAUCGAAUGGCGGCGGAAAACCCAAUCCCAGACCCGGCCAAGAACCGCGUCGGGGUCGGCGGUGUCGGGAUCAACGGACUCCGAUACAGUAACAACAACAACAGGAAACCCUUGCGAGGAGGAAGGAGACUCCACUACUAGUUCUUCCGAUGCCAAUGCGAAUGCAAAUGCUAAUCCCCGGUUUGUGCUUUGCGUUAGUGCCAUCGGAGGGGAAAGAGCAGCUGGCACCGAUCAGCGUGUCAGACGGUCGGGGCUGGCUGGACUAGAGAAAAAGGGGCUGAGGGUUGGCGUGUGGGAUGCGAAACAAGUGCGGUUUUUGGAGGAGGUGGGGAUAUUAGCUCCUGGGGGGGAGGAGGAGGUUAUUACGUUGGUAUUGACGUUGGGGGUUUAUGUUGCGUGGAUGGAGGGGUGGUUGUAAUACUACCUACCUACAUACCAUCAUUCCAUUGUCUACGGAGGUAUUGGGUUCAGGGGGUAUCUGUUGUUCAGUUCGUCGGAGGUGUUGGGUGGGGAUGUCCGUCCGGCUUGGCUGGACCAUUUUUUAUUUUUCUUGGGGAACACGGGAUUUACAGAAUUCUCCGCUCCGAUGGUUUUCAUUACUUUCACUUGGAGAUUGCAUGUUUUUCUUUUCUUGCAUAGCGGGUCUAUUAUGGGUAUUUUUGUGAUACCUGGGAAUUUUCAUUUUCAAUAGAUUGUUGAGUUGCGACAUUUAUUGCAGCUGCUCAACUUAUAUUACC